AUGUGUGUCACCACGCCAAAUCAGGACUUCAUACCCGAGUAUCCUGUGGAGCGCACCAUGAUCAAGACAUAUGCGGACGGCCGAUGGGGAGUGCACGAGUACUCACGGUGGCCCCAGCUGUUGGUCGACGGAAUGUGGCAUAUCGCCUGUAUUCCUCGACGUGACUGGGGGCUGCGGAACGGCCUCAGAGAAGUCCUGUGGCGCUCCUUGAAGACCUCCGACUGGAAGGAAGAUCCUACGGCCGUCGUCGCGGAACUGGGCUUCAUCGAGAAGACCGUCGUGGAUGACCUCGCUAAAGCCGCCGAGACGAGCAUCGCGAGGUAUCAGGCCAUCGAGGGUGUUCCUUCGCAUCGGAUGGAGUACGGACUUCAGUUGAUUGUUGUGCUCCGCCAGUGCAUGGACCGCCUCAAGCUGCUGGCAUCUGGCCCGGCCACCGCCGUAGCCGUCGCUGCACAUGUGCAGAGGCUAGCUUUGGAGCUGGCAGGGUUGACGACUUACCUCACGGUCGUUUUACCUCGACUCGAAAGUCACGACGACUACAAGUUGUCGUUGCUGGAAGUCAUCGGCGCAUUCGUGAAGGAAGGGACCGCGGCAGCCACCUGCGUUCGCCUCGGCCUCCCCGUUUUCUUUCUCCAACCCCUCACCCGGCACAUCAAGGUGUGGCAGGUUGUGUCUGUGACGCGGGCUUCGUUCGAGUUGUCCGAGACGGACAGCAGCCAGCCUAUUCUGCACAGGCCAAGGGAGUUUGCGGGGAUGAUGAACCUUACGGGGAACUGGACGGCUCACAUGGUUGUGCGGAUCAGUCGGGACCUCUGUUCCUCCACUUUGCCGGAAAUGUCCGCACCCACAGCGUCGGCGAGCGGGGAGGCAUCCCCGGAGGCCAAACGACCCCGCGCUGAGUCGUCUCAGAUGGCCGGCAAGCAACUCGCCAUGCCUGUUCGCACUCGGCCUGAGUCUGCCUCGCCCGGAGCGCUGGAACGUCCCAUAACCUCAGCGGGAGGAGCUCACCCUUCGCGCGAAUACAUGCGAUCUCCAUUCUGCUCUCUCCCUUUUGUUUGGGUCCGAGCCCUAGUGGAGGCCGGCACGUUGCCCCAGCCGCCUGGAUCGAUCGUCUACUUCUUUCCCCCGCCGUUCUUACUCGACACUAAGGUUCACCGGUACUUGCACAAUCUCGUCCGCAUCCGCUCCUUCUGCCGCCUGCGCCUAUUCGACCCUACGCGUGACGGCCGCCCGCUCUCCGUGGCCGAUUGGCGCAACGCGCUGUGGGGCGAUUAUGUGGUGAAGGAUCAGCCCGUAGUCACCACGACAAUCGCUGAUAAGAAGCGUUGCAAGCGACGGUACGAGGAGAAGAACGCGGUCUCUCGGCUGUUCGGGCGGGACGGCUCGUUGAGGUCCUACCGCGAAGACGAUGCAUUCCUUCUGGGGGACAUUGAGGUCACCAGAAGUGUGGCGUGUUCAGACCGGCGCGUGCGCUCCCUGCUUCUGUGGGAGUCGCACGAGCUCAACUUCCGGUGCGAGCUGGUCGCCCUCGAUCGGGCGCUUCUUCCCCGCACGGGCUGGCCUGCCUUCAGCCAAUGGCAACGAGAAGCUCGGCUCUCCGGUGUUUGGGGAAGCAACUCCGGGGUGCUGAGUGUGUUGCCGGAGGUUCCGGGCGAUCACGAAAAGUUCCAGUGGCGUACGUCGUCGUCGCCAGACUGGCGGGACUAUCUGAGUGCCAUGCGGGCCCUCCUGGCAGUCAUGGCGCGCUGGCCAGACCUCCCCAGCGUCCUGCAGGACCUGCCCGUCAAGGAGGAACUUUGGACCGAGGAUCACUUCGAGCAGGCCCAGUCGGAAGCAACCCGAUUCUACACGAAGACGUUCGUUCGCCACUUCCACCGCCUCCCCACCGUCCCCAUCCCAUAUCCCGGGCAGUUGUAG